AUGCCAAAUACUAUCAUCUCUGUUAUGCUCUCAGCACACAAAGAAGCUACAGUCAUUCCAAGGAAAAUCAGCAUAUACCUCCUCAGGUCCUCCCAGGUUCCAAUGGCAAAAUGCCAGAGGCCCCUCCGUUUCGAAAACGACAGUCUUCGCCCUUUCCUCGCAGAGGCUAUUGCCGCUUGCUGUGUUUCUCGGGAGACCGGCCUACUGUUCGGGCAGGCGGGAGCAGUGGCGCCGCUGGUGCAAUACCUUGAAACAGACGACAGCACCAUUAGGAGGCCAACCUGCCGAGCAUUACAUCGCCUUUCUCUAGAACCAGAGAACUGUGUUACGCUCCAUCAGAGCGGUGCCGUGCCGCUUCUUCUGGAAAUGCUGGGAUCUGAAGAUGAUGUAGUUCAGGAGGCGGCGGCCGACUGUUUGCGCAACAUUCGCUUAUUGGCAUUACGUCGCUGUCAGGCUCACUCCCGUAGCAGCAAGGCACGUCCUUCCUCUAGGCGGUGAGCUCUGCUACUGAGAGUUUGGUCGAAAAAAAAAAAAAGUUAGAAUAAUUAUGAGAGCAAACAUGUU